AUGGCUCAAGUACUAGUAUUUCCAGCUGGUUUGGCAGUCGCCAACGAAAUAUGUGCCUCAUUAAGAGGAAAAGAUAUUGUAUCUAGUCUGAUUGGUCUAUCUUCUGAUGAUGAAGGCAAAGAUCUUACAAAUCCAUUCCACUAUGAUCAUGUUUUUUACAAUGCUCCAAGUGUUCAUGAAUCAGCUCUGGAGAUUUGGAUUGAAUACCUGAGCCGAUUUGAAUGGACGCAUGCUGUUCCUACAAUGGACUCCGCCGUUUAUCUCUUCAGCAAACUUGCUUCCUAUUUCCCUGGAAAAUGGUUUAUGGCUCCAUCUUUAGAAACUUAGAAGAUUAAACACCCACCAGGACCAUGGUUUUUUCAAAUUAAAGGUAGUCAUUUAUUGGAAGUAGAACCACGAAUUCCAGCUGGUGGUUCUGCGGCAAGAUAUUUUUGGAACCAUAAUGGUAUUUUACAAUGGCUCUAUGAUGCAAUGGCACAGUCAUUAUCGGCAUCAAAACCUAUUCAUACAAGCAGUUUGAGUUGCUCAAAAGCAGUUCCAAUUCGAGCUGUUUUAAAGUCCUACCAAGACCAUGUUUUCUUAGAUGAAGAACAAUUUGAUUUGAAAGCUAUUGUCGUUGGUUAUGAUGAUACAUUAUUUGAUUUGAAAAUGAAUGACGUUGACGCAGACCUUAUUGGAGCUCUGUAUGGUAUUUAUCGACUAUGUCCUAUUUAUCUGUAUCGACUACAACAACAACGUGGAUCACAACCACGACCACAACAAUGA